AUGACGCUACCCCACGUUCCAGCCGCAGCGGCGACUGCCUCGCACUCGAGCUCCAACGGUGACUCUCACUCGACGCGCAGCGGCACCCCGCAGCCCGCACCGCGGGCGUCCGGCUCCUACUACGUCCGCAGCACCGACCCGUCGCUCGAGAGCCUCAUGACGUGGGUCUACAUCCAGUCGACGGUGGCAUCGGGCGACCUCGACGACCUGUUCCGUGCGCAGCGGUGCGAGGACGAGUACCGGCAGUGGGCCGUCCCCAUCCGCAAAAAGUGGGGCGGCCUCGAGGCCUACAUCCGCGACGUUCGGCUGGGCUGGCGGCCGCAGCAGCAGGUCGUCGACGAGUCCGACAGCCUCGAUGCCGAUCAGAAGGUCCGGCUGCGCGAGACGUGGCCGCAGGCCGAGAUGCCCCAUCCGGACGGCAGCGGCACCAUCCUGCGCCACUUUAUCGAUGACCCCAGACUGGCUGACCCCGGGGCGAGCGACGACGGCGAGGCGGUCGUCAAGUGCAUCCCAAACGACUGGCCCUAUGCUGUGCCGGACGACGUCGAGCACUGGGUCGUAUGGUCCAAGCUGCCCAUUCUGCACGCCUCGCUCUUUUCCGACCCGGCGACGCCGUUCCCCGCAGCGACGAUCCCUUCGGUGUACAGCUGCGUCCUCAACGACGGUGUGCGCGGGUGCACGGGCACCUCGACCGAGCUCGGCGCGCCGCGCGUGUACGGCAACCUGACGAAGCGCUCGACGUCGCUGCACCUGCGCAACUCGGCCGAGGCGGCGGUGGGCACGGGCGAGCCGAGCGGCGGGCCCGACGGCGUGACGCUGGACCAGUCGGCCGAGGGGCAGCGGUGGGCGUCGCGCGAGAUUUCGCGCUUUGUGCGGCGGAUGUGGGCCGAGGAGCGGUACGAGACGGUGUUCUUCUGCAACCCGCCGCACCUGCGCACCGUUCCCGGCCUCAGCCACUUUCACGUAUUUGUGAGGCCCAAGGUGGAUCGACCGGCGGCAUAA